AGAUCUCCUUACACGUGACACCGACCCGGUUUUUUCUGUCCUUCUUUCCGCCCUGUAAUAAAUUCCGAAUAAAUUACGUCCAAAAUUAUCCAUCCAUCCAACACAAAAAUAAAACGCCGCAAUCUUUUUUUUUUUUUCCCAAUUCUCUCCCUUUUUCCGUUCUUCCGCUCUAAAACCCUUUCCCUUAUGCUAUACAACGCUUCCUCUGCCCUCCUCCGACGUUCUCGUCGCCGGUGGUUCUCAAUCCUAACCUUAUUUAUAUCAUCCUCUUCUAACUAAUUUGAUCAAUUAAUUUGAUUUUCCGACAUCGAGGGAGAAGAUUUUUAGUUUUGUUUGUUUGUGUGGAUGGAAGGAGCGAGAUUUGAGAAUCCAAAAGCAAUAAGUGGCGUCGCCGCCGCCGCGUCCGGUGUCGGAUUUGGCAGCGGCAACGGUAAUAAAGCAAUGGCGUUGGGGAGCGAUGUCGUUUUGAAGACCUCGGCCCCCACGAUUAUGGAACGGUUUAAAGCUACGGUGAAGGAGCGAGAAGACGAACUUAGGGUUUCGGAUGACGAACUUGUCUUUUUGAGUAGCGAUGAGGUUGUUAGGAUUUACGAGUCCUUUUUGUCGGAACUUACUGUUAAUUUGAAGCCUAUCAUUACGGACCUCACGAUUAUCGCCGGAGAGCAACGGGAGCAUGCUCAAGGCAUCGCCGCUGCUAUUUGCGCUCGGAUUCUUGAGGUAGGGUUUUAGUAAAAGGGGCCAGCUUAUUGGGACAUUGUAAUAAUGGUUGUAUGUUCAUGGAGUGAAAAAAAUUGUAGUUAGUUACUGAAGCUUUCAUAAAGUUUUUAGAUUUUUAGACUAGCUUUAGUUUGGUGUUGGAAUGUCUAGUAUCAUUUUCAAGUUUCAAGCUUUCACCUUCCAGUCCAGUAUCUCUCUCUCUUUCCUUUUUGUUUUUGCUUUAAAUUUUCGUUUUCCCUAUUUUUUUUUAGUCUGUUGCGUUGUUCAAGAUAUAAGGUUUGGUUGUUUCAGACAAUUGAAACAAUCUCAAUGUGGCUCCUAACAACAUAACCGCCCAGAUGGGAGUGCUAAUCGAUCCUCAAUCGCAACUAUCUUACAUUCCAAAGAAUUGAAAAAGAAAAAAAAAAGACAUCAUACUGAUCAAUUGCUUUGGAAAGUACAAGAUAUGGAGUUACAUGUAAUUGGAACUGGUAUUAUCCAAUGAAGAAGUUCGCCAUUGAGCAGCUAAUGAGCUGUUCUAUUUUGAGAGAAAUUACCAACAGUCUAAUCCCAUAUGCCGGUUACUAACUUGUUGGCUGAAAGAAAAUCAGUAGUUAAUUUUUGCAUUGUUCGUUCUAUGUUCUUCUGUACAUGAUUUGAUUAAAUUAUUUAUUUUUCGAUUUGUUGCUGUAUUUGUCGUUCAUUACUUAAAGUUAUGUUGCUUUCAGGCACCGGUAGAUCAAAAAUUGCCCUCCUUGUAUCUUUUGGAUAGUAUUGUGAAGAAUUUUGGAGAAGCUUAUCUAAGAUAUUUUUCUCCCCGUCUACCAGAUGUCUUCUGUGCAGCAUACAGGCAAGUGCACCCUAGUAUGUACGCUUCUAUGCGGCAUCUGUUUGGUACCUGGUCACCGUUCUUCCCCUCAUCUGUUCUGCGGAAGAUUGAGGCCCGCUUAGGAUUUCCAACUGCCAUAAAUAAUCAAUCUUCUGGUGUGAAUUCCUUAAGAGCUUCUGAAUCCCCACGACCGACUCAUAGCAUACAUGUAAAUCCAAAAUAUUUAGAAGCUAGACGCCAGAUUGGGGAUACUGGUCUAGAUACUGUAAGAUUCUAUUUACUUAUAUGUAGAUUUUUGGCAUUUCACAUCGUAGUCUUGUUUUUGGUGUUCCUGGUUUUUAUUGAGUUUGUUUUCUUGUUAUUGAAGGAAAAGUGUUGUUGUGGCAUGCUUUGAAUUAUCAAAUUUUGACAUAGUCUUCUAUCUGAUGAUGGUGUUCCAUAUUACUUGUAUUUGUUAGUAGUUGGGAAAAUGUGGUUGUUGUGAUGGUUUUAUAUUCUGUGUGUUUUUAUUCCGCGUCGUAUUUGCAUUGUCCUAUUAAAAAGUUAAUGGGAAUCAAAUUUGAUGGCUUGUUCUCAGGCUGGAAGUGAAAUUUUGAGCUCAAGGGGUCAUGCAGUCGGACCUGCAAAGCUUCAGCCAUCUGUUGCGUCUAGGAGUGUGAAGUCAUCAACUCCUUAUGGAUUUAAGAAUGCUAGGUCAUUAUCCCCUCCUCUAGAUGAAGUUUCUAUGGGUGCUUCCCCCAGAAGAGCAGCCAAAAGGGCUUCACCAUCUCAUUCUGGAUUUAACUAUGUGUACAGUAGGGCUUCUGGCAGACAUGAAGAGCCAAAUGAUUUGCUAAGGAAUAAUUUGCCAGAAGAUAUUAGUCUGAAGUUUGAAACUCCUGCUAACAGAUACAAUAAGGGUAUUGAUCUUGACCGGCCUAGAGCUUUGAUUGAUGCAUAUGGUAUGGAUGAGAGGCAAAAGCCUCAGGCUGAUAAACAUCUAAAGGUUGAUCAUUCCAAUGUGAAUGGCAUCCUCAAGAAUGCUUCCUUGAAGACAUGGUUAAACACGGAAGAGGAAGAAUUUAAUUGGGAGGAUAUGGCUCCUUCUUCAGGGGAUGGUGGCCGGAGCAAUGAGAUGUUCGUAUCGUCCGUUGCACCUCCUGCAAGUUUUGGGAAAAGACCUGGUUUUGGAGCAUACCCUGAUACGUCUCUGGGAACUUCGAGAAGCAAUUGGUCUAACCAAGCACAACUUCCUGUAGCAAAUGGUGUGGCCGCGAGGGUGGAAGGUUCCGCAAUCAAUUCUGUCCCUGUUGUGAAUAGUAGAUUUCCUGGAUUCUUGAGUGAAAAUGCUAUCUCAAAUGAUCUUCAAUCAGCAAAGCCCGACUUUGGCAUUCAAGGCAAUGGGAUGACACCUCAAAUUUCAUUCCCUGGCAAUGGGAUGCCAUCUUCACUCGAACACAAGUCUAGUUUGGUUGGCAAUUUUCCUAUUGCAGAUGCACGGAUUCGAGGCCUAUCAGUUGGUCCCACAUUGAGACCUGGGUUUGAUCCCUCGUCUCAUGAAACAAAACCUGAUGCCAUUUCUGGCUCAAGAGUGGCGUUUCCUGCUAAAUUGCUUCCGCAGCAAUUUGGUAUACAAAGCAAUGUACAGAAUCACAUUCCGCCAUUCACAAAUCAGCUCCGUGGAUUUAAUCCUCUUAAUCAACAAGUUCGACCACAUAUAGAUGUACUUCGUCCCCCGAAUAUGAUUACACCUGUUCCUUUUCCAGCUCCUUUACAUCAAAGCAGGCCAAAUUCUGGUCCAGGAUAUGGCUCACAAGGCCGUGGUGUUCCUGUUCCGAUUGGUCCAGUCUUGCCUAAUAUGAAUCCUAGUGUUCGGUCGUCCAUGCCCUUUCCAGGUCCUGUGAAUGGAUCAAUACCUUUAACCGGGACAACAAUGGUCCGGCCUCCUCUUCAGGGUUUUCCUGCUAAUCCUGCUGGUGUUGGUGCAUUUUCUGGUUUGUUUGAUUCUCUCAUGGCACAGGGGCUGAUCUCCUUGACGAAGGAUACUCCAAUGCAGGAAUCAGUGGGCCUCGAUUUCAAUCAAGAUGUUCUUAAGAUGCGUCAUGAAUCAGCAAUAAAAGCCCUAUAUGGUGAUCUCCCCAGGCAAUGCACUGCAUGUGGCCUUCGCUUCAAGUGCCAAGAAGCCCACAGAAGUCACAUGGAUUGGCAUGUAACAAGGAACCGUAACAUAUCUAAAAAUCGCAAGCAGAGGCCUUCUCGUAAGUGGUUUGUGAAUGUGGAUACAUGGCUUAGUAGUGCGGAGACUCUGGGAGUUGAAACUGUUCCUGGCAUUUUACCUGAUGAUGAUGCUGUUGUGGAAAAGAAUGAUGAUGAAGAAAUGGCUGUUCCUGCUGAUGAUGACCAAAGGAACUGUGCGCUGUGCGGAGAACCUUUUGAUGACUUCUACAGUGAUGAGACUGAUGAGUGGAUGUACAAGGGCGCUGUGUACUUAAAUGUACCAACUGGUUCAACAUCUGGAAUCGAUAGGUCACAGUUAGGUCCCAUAGUGCAUUCUAAAUGCAGGUCGGAGACCAGCGGGGCUUCUUCGCACAAUUUCCAAAGAGAGGGCUUUUCUGAAGAGGGUAGUGACAGGAAACGAUUGCGGAGUUAGCUGUUUUAGAUCAACAUUUAGGUUUUGCUUUUUAACUUAAACCAAAGUAGCCUCAUCUCAAUUGAUCUGCUGAUUCUGCUGCUCCUAUUUUUAUGUAGUGAUCAGUAUUAUGGCAGAAUGCUGUAAAUGUAUAGUUGCAAUUGUGUACCAUCCAUGAUUUUUGCGAAAAAGAAAGAGGAGAAAAAGAAAAAGUGAUACUGUUGAAAUGCUUCAUCUCUGCUGUUCUUUUCUUUUGCACUUUUUUUUUUUUUUUCUUUCUAAAAUUAUUUUUCUGAGAUCAAGAGGUUCAUAUUACUGCACCUCCUGAUUGUUUUGGGGACAACUUGUAAUAAUCUUAAACGAUGACGGUUGAACCAGGUUCGGUCAUAAUUGAGGGUGGUCAGUUGUUAACAAAGUGCAAAUGUUUCUGCUGUUCGGAAUGCAUCUUUUGCAGGAAGUCGCUCUGAGAAGAUGUGCCCUGUUUCCGGCAGCUGCUUGUUGAUGUGGAAGAAAGCCGAAAGCGUUCUUGGCUACAAAUGAUGAUAGGCAGCAACUCCUGAAUUCUGUUAUUUGUUUUAAACAGUGAUGUAAAAUGUAAAUCAAUGCUUGCAGCACCUCAACUGGAUCUUUUCAUCUUUGUUCUUUUAUCGUUUCCGGAAUUUCCAGUACUUUCACCUAUGUACUUUGUGAUUAUGUCCUUUGGGAUUUGAUGAAAUUCAAGCAUUCAAGCAUGAAUCUGAGCCUUUGUUUUUCUUGUUCUAUAAAACUCUCGUUUUUACGCCUCUGAUUUGUUUAUUUCAUUAACAUAAUAAACUGUAUUCGAAUGCAACCUUAGUCUUCCAGUACUGUUCCAAAUUUCCAAUCUUCUGCAGACGUCCCCGAAGGAACCUAAUACAACAUUUAAAGCAAAACUAUCCAUGACAAUAUCAGAGUUUGUGAGCUAAUUCUAGCUCGUAAUUGGAAAAGGCACCUUUGGUUACUUCCUUUUUUGGGCUUAAAAGAAAAACCAAAGAAGGAAAAAAACAACAACAACAACAAGAAGAAAAAGCCUACAAUUAAACCAAAAUUAAAGAUACCGUCUACAAACGCUUUCUGUUCCGAGGCUUUUAUUAGAUUUAAUGCAAAAAAUGAAGCCAAGAAAUUAUAUUCCUACUUUGCUAUAAUUGUUAUGCUACAAUCAACCAAGAAAUAUGUACUCCCUCCGUCCCAUAAUUAUUGUCCAGUUUUACUAAAAUGAAAGAUUUUAUUUUUGGUCAAACUUAACUAUAUUUUACCUUAAAC